AGAUGCUUCAAACGAAUAGAACGGCCUGGUGCUGAGUUAUCUUUUAUUCGUUUAGGGAAAAUCCGUUGUCGUACAGCCGAGUUCGGCAAGCUCCGACGCGUCCAAGUUGACAGAACAGCUCUGGAAACUAACCUUCUCCUAAUCAGACUUGGGAAACUAUCCAACAUUCCUGAUAAUAUUGAUACCAACCAGCGUCAUUCAAUGGAACAGGCUAUUGUACCGUGGAUCGAUGCGAAAAUCAAUCUCUGUCCCCGUUGUGGCGUGCCUUUUGGACUAAGCUGGCCCACCGGGGACGCGUCCGAGGACACAGCGCCGCCACUAACCUCACAUUCCCUUCUGCUCUCCCCACCACCCACCUCCUUCUCUCGUCGGGCUCGUAUAGGUCUGCGUUCGGCCUCACGUCUUGCCACCGCAUUGAUCGAUAACAACCCAGUAUAUCGUCGGAUGCAUCAUUGUCGACUGUGUGGUCACAUAAUCUGUGCAGAUUGCUCCUACUUCCUUUCGAAACACGACGUAAGGCAAAUUGUUGAGGCCUGUGACUGGGCUGCAGCCUCAGACUCAAAAAACACCAUUCUCCCGCCAGAUUUAAUUCCUUCCAUCAAGGACAACAUUCUUAAGCGUGGAGUCAGUUACCUUUCCAGGUCAUCUUCAGGCACCAGCUUGGACAGCAUCGUGCAGAAAAGGUCGAAUCGUAAGCACUUGUUUUCGCCAGAUCUACGCAUUUGUGGGGUGUGUAAGUCUAUUCUUGAGGCAAAAAUGCAGCGGCUUGAGGAGGACAAUGCUGUACCUCUUGGUUUUGAACAGUUUCAGGUAAUUCAGUAUUUUGUCUCUUUUUUUCCACUGAAUGCUGACUUUACAAUUCGUGCCCUUAAACAAGAAAUGGAGAAUGUGGAGAAAAAAAUGCCCCAAUUUUCUUCAAUGGCAGCCAGUUUAAACUGCGGCGAAGAGCGAUACAUUCUGGAGGUUGCCAAGUCACUGCGAUUGGAGAUUCUUCAGAGUCUGCAAAAAAUCGAAACAAUUGGUCUUGCUAACUUGCGUAUCCGGUGCGUGAUUAUUGUGUCUGCCAGGAAGGAGAUUUCAAGCCUCGACGCGUCCAGCCAGCCCAAAGUGGUGGCGUCGCAGGCGCGCAUAAACCGCACCGUGGGUCAGUUCGCGCGUCGAUUCGUCCAAAACAACCUCCCACCGCUUCGAGUGCUUCCAACCGAGGAGGAGCAUCGACGCCUGUCGGAAAGGCGCACCACCAACUUGGCCGUGGCAUGCCAACGGGAUCCAGCAAAGGAGCCUUCGCCCGCAACUGGUUGGAUGCCCUCAUCUAGCAGUCUCUUUUCGGCGGACGCUCCGAUCCCCGAGAGGGAAGGCGAGAGUGAUCCGCGCGCCGUUCUGCUGCGUCAAAUAGACAUCGUGGCGAACUACUUGGCCCAGGCGAAGGUCGCCAAUCGAUCGGACGACGAGAUACACGACCUUGCGGAAAAUCUUGCCGACCUUGAAAAUUAUGGUGCUGAUGAACCGAACACUUCACCUAAUUCGAUUGCCGGCAAGGGCAACCAGAAUGUGUGUACCAAAGAAACCUCUAAUGUACUAACUAAUAGUAUUCAAUUCAACAAUUUUAAUGGUGGUCUUGACGCUGGAUCUUGCAGCCUCGUGAAUGAAGCCAUUGAUGCUUCAAAAAUUAACCUCCUUCCAAGUGAUAGCUGCAGUGUUCUAAUGAAACAAUCGGUUGACCGUAUCUCUAAUUCCGACCAUGCGGACAUUUUUAAAAGACUUGAUGCUGUUGUUGGGCGUCUUGAACGACUUCUCAAUACUGAGGAUCUGUUGAGUGAUGACCAUUCCGGGAUCAUAAUGUUUAAUGGCAUUUUAAACGAAAAUUUGUCGCAUUACCUUGAUGUCUGCUCUUUGGUCGGUGAUCCUGCUCUUGAGCAGGCUAAACUGAUAAAGGAAUCUUUCCAGCUUUGUCUUGACAUCAUGCAGAUGUCCCGCAAAUACUCAAAACCAUCUGCCACAGAGUUGGCUAAAAUUAUGCAACCACUUUCUUUUAAGUUGUGUGAAAUUGCUGAUGUCGCAGUUCGCAAUCGAUCUCACGCUCUAUCUCGUGAACUUUCAACCAUAUCGGAUUCCAUAAGCAUUCUCUCUUGGAUCAACAUGUCGUGCUCGGCUGUCUUUGUCAAAGACAUCGAAAAUGCCACUAAGGUCUCUGCGAAUGCAACAACUCAAGCGUAUCGUGAAACAAUGCCCCUAUACGCCGAAUGGAUGCGGGCCUGGCUGCGCGUAAUCUCCUCUCUGCGUGAGCUGGUGUGCGAUUUCUACCCGGUGGGACUGAUUUGGCAGGCACCUGGAACAGCUCCACCUCCUCCUGUGCCAACGCCCGCCGGCAACCUUGCGCCACUUCACACCGACGGCAACUUCGAUGCUACUUCGCUCACCUCCACAAACUCUGCGAGGCGAGAAUGGCGGCGUCAGGAUGGAGGAAAAGCCUUCAACAGGGAUGCUCUGUUGGCAGACAUAUCGCGCACGCGCCUUUCACGUCUUAAACACGUCGAAGGCUUCUCCUACGACGCCUAG